UUUCGAUUAUUUUGUUCAAUGUAAUAAAACUUCAAAAUUGACGUAGGAUAACAACCCUUUUAUUUAAAAUUUUAAUAUUGAAUAUAAAGAGAAAGAAAAUAUUGAAUAUAUAGUGUAGUAAGAAUUGGAAACGUCUAUAAAUUCCUAUCAAAAUAUGAAUAAUUCUGCUGCUAAGGUGGGUGAAAUAUUUACUGAAGCUGGAGCAGCUUUUAACAAAUUGGCAGAAAUGACUAUGAUGUUACAUCCAAUGACAGAACCAUCAAGUUCUCAAUCUAAAACACCAGUUAAACGAAAAGCUCAAGAUGAGCGAUUAGGAUCUCUGUCCACCUCUGGUUCUAAUCAAGUAACUCUAAACAUGUUAAAUGCUCCUGAGUCUGAAAUGGAUGUUGAGGGAAUUGGAAGUGAAGUAAAGCUGGAGUUUGAAGCUGGCAAUGAAGAUGUUAUGACUUGAAGUAUCAUCAGAAUGAUAGGGUUUUCAGGCUGAUUAUUGUAAUAAGCUUUGCAAUGUUUACAAUUAUAUAUAAAAAUUUUCAGCCUUUUCUACGACUUUGUAGGUUAGGGUUGUUAUAAUCUCCAACAGUGUAAAUAUAAUAAAAGAAGGUUUUGUUUA